AUGCCUCUGCUCAAAGCUUCGGAGUGUUCAUCACAAACUCCAGAAGAAAAGAUGGCAAAGAAAAUUGACCUGUUGAAUUCUAAAUUAAAAAAGUAUGAAGAAAUACUGGAUAGGAAGAAUAAGGAGCUUACAGAGCUGCAAACUAAUAUCGAAACAUACAAAAAAAAGACGAUUAACUAUUCCGAAAAUAAUUCAGCAAUUGCAGUUCGUAAUGCAAGUCUCGAAAGAGCUUGUAGAGAAAUUACCAUGGACAAGAUGAAACUUGAGAAGGAAAAUGCAAAAUUAAGAGAGUCAUUAGCCAAGGUAGAAGGUCAGCUUUUGGAACAUAGAAGAAUCCUUGAUCAGUAUUUGAGAGGUCUUGUGGACCAGGGAUCGGGAUUGUCGUCCAGUCAUGAGCUCUUGCAACAUUCCACCACUUCCUUAAGGAAAGAUGUUCAACUCAAAAUUACGAAAUAUCUUCAGGGAAAGAGCUCGAUUAAAAGAAACGCUUCCAAUGACAUCAGCCAUAGUAACGACUCCUUACUUUCACGAGAAACACCGGUACACAGACCACAAGAUGUACCUAACAUCUGUGCUACCAAAGUGACAGUGAAGGAAGAAGAAGCACCAUCUCCAAUCAACAGGCCAUCCACACCGAGUCAUAUGCGAUAUUCAGAGUAUUUGCCAUCUCCUCCUAGCCCUAAACAUUCUCUGCCUUCAGAUGUUGGCUCUACCAGUUCUCGAAAAAAGCAACGAAGGUGGAAUUCACCUGUUUUUAAUUCGACACAAAUUGGCAGCCUGUCAUCUCCAACGAGAGAUCUUGCAAUAUUGAAAAUAUCCAUUCCUGUUUCUUCACAAUUGUUGCCAUGUUCUUCAGCAAUGAAUGGCAUUUUGGAAGAAGACGACGAAAUACUUUUCUUUUAG